AUGGAUUCUAUUAUAACAAACGUAGAAACUUAUUUCUCGAAAUGUGAAUCUUGUGGCAUGUGUUUCCGCUAUCAAGAAUACACCGAAGGUGUGCAUAAUUAUAAUGAUACAUUUCUCAUUGGAUUGGACGUGUGUAUCUAUUUAAGAGACUGUCUUCAAUGUCACAUCCCCAUUGGUAGUGCGACUGAACUUUUGGAACGAAGUCUAAAAAGGAAGCUAAAUGGUCGAACGAUCCUUAACGCUUUUCUUCAUUUUGAUGCCUUAAGUUGUCAUGAAUACAGAUUAAACUGUUCUAUUUGUGGUCAUCAUCCUAGCAUCAUUACCAUGGAUCUAAACCGCAAAGUUUCAUUUCAGUGCCCUGCUGAGUCGUUGCGCCUCCCAGAAAACUACAAGCAAAAUAGUGAUGAAAACGAUGUUGUAGAUUGUGAAAACUUCUGGGCGAAUGUUGAAUUAUCAAUGAUUGUUCGCGGGUUCCCUGGUGCCAGCGUGCGGGAAUUCGUCGUACAUCCAAACUUGCUCAACUGGGCACCCUUCAUUGGCAGCAUGACAAGAAGAGGUAAAGAUCUUUACAACACUGAGCAUAGGAAAGUCAAGAUAGAAGAUGGAAAAAUCAAAGAAGAUUGUCGGGAGAUAACUGAAGAACGACUGCUCGAGUUACUUUACCAGUCCACGCUUAAAGACACGCAGUCCCUCGCCAAGAAACUCGGGUUGGCCGGAAAGGGUAGUAAGCUGGACAUAAUAAUGAACAUUAAAAACGCAGUUCAGAAUGACGAAGAGAAAUUCAAGAAAGCCUUCAAUAAACUGUGGGGAUGUUCUGGUGGGUGGGUUUCUGGAACUUGUCCACAUGGAGUUGUAUACGCAUUGAAAUUCCUCAUCCGUUCAGAGAGUCCGCGCGAUUAUGUUGACAUUUUGUUAUUUUUUUUUUAA